AUGAGUGUUUCCCGACCCGCGCGAUGUAUCUUCAACGCGCCUCUCCCCAACCUGCGACCGCUGACGCGGCGUCAAAAUUUCCACUCCUCUGCUCCGCUCCCCGCACGACGUCGUCCCCGUUUUGCUAGCAUAAAACAUUCAGAGGUGGAUGCUGCUCCUGCGAAAGAGCUUUAUCCUGGGUAUAGUGAGAAGGAGAGAAGUUUAUUAGGGAAGCGAUAUACGCCGGAGCAAAUUGCGGCUAUUGAGGCAGCGGAGGAAGCGGUCGAUGUGGAAGAUUUGAAGAGUCAUGGUGUGAUACGGACGGAUUUGGGAGGGUUGAGGUAUAUGGAUGAUUUAAGUAUGACGCAGCCGGUGAUCGAUAAGAAGAUUAUGGAUUAUCGGAUUGAUCCGAGUUGGACGCUGGAUCAGGAUAAAAUCGGAGACGAAUUCGUGGCAUAUAUGGAUAAAGUGAUGGAAGAAAAUCCCGAGGAUGUCGAUCCUGAGGAUCCGGACUGGGAGAAGAAACAUAGGCCGAAUAGGUUGGAUUCGCUGAAGGCGCUGCAGAAGGAAAUGGGGGAUCCAAGUACUUUUGCCUUUGCACCGCAGGUACCUGGAGAUUUUACAAAGGAACCUGGUAAAGCUGUGGAGAUAGCGAGGGAGGUGGACGAAGGCGAUGAGGAGAAUCUUGAUCCUAGAGAUCCAGAUGGGAUUUAUACGAAACUGCGCCAUCAAACAGGACUUACCAUGAACGAAAUCUUGGACCUCGAUACUAAAAUCCUCGUCAGUCAUCGAGUUGUCAACCAAACCCGUUUGGGUAAAAUUGACAGUAUGUACGUAUUGGCAAUUGCAGGAAAUGGAAGGGGCAGAUUAGGAAUAGGAGAGGCCAAAGGACAGGAACCUGAAGACACGAAUAAUAAUGCGAAGAUUGCGGCGAUUAAGAAUAUGCAGCCGGUUCCGAGAUAUGAGGAACGAACAAUUUAUGGGGAUGUAGAGGGGAAGGUUAGUGCGGUUGAAGUUAAGCUUAUGGCGAGACCUCCAGGAUUUGGUCUGCGAUGCCAAAAACUUAUCUUUGAUAUGGCAAAGGCAGUAGGUAUUCACGAUCUCGCCGCCAAAGUACCACGUUCGAGAAACAAGAUGAACACUGUUAAAGCCACCUACCAAGCAUUAAUGAAACAACGAAUACCGGAUGAGAUCGCUAGGGGUAGAGGAAAGAAACUUGUGGAUGUGAGGAAGGUUUAUUACGGAGGAAGGGUGUAA